UCGGCCGGGUGGGGAGAAGGUUCCUGCCACCUGCCCGCCUGGCAGUCUCCAGAGGGACCCUCGGUCUGGCCCUCCAGGCAUGGACGCCCCUGAGAAGCCCAGCUGGUGCCCUGCCCGAGCAACAUGCCCUGUGUUCCUGGCAAUGAGCUCGGGGACUGUCUGCGAUGCCCCAACAGGUCUGGGCCUUGCACUUGAGGGGAACUUGAGAGAGGAGCCCUGGGACACAGAGAGCCAGCCUCACCUGGAUGAGGGCCACCCGCCGCCCCUGGAAGCUGCCCCGGUCUCCUGGAAGAGUGUGGGCCCCUGCAAAAGCCUCAGGGAGCCCCCAGGAGGCCUGGCCGAGGCCUCUGUAGGGGAGGAGGCCCCGGGGGAGGAGGACCCCGCAGCCGCCCAGCUGGACGUGUUGCGCCUGCGCAGCUCUUCCAUGGAGAUCCGCGAGAAGGGCUCGGAGUUCCUGAAGGAGGAGCUGCACAAAGCCCAGAAGGAGCUGAAGCUGAAGGACGAGGAAUGCGAGCGGCUGUCCAAGGUGCGGGAGCAGCUGGAACAGGAGCUGGAGGAGCUGACGGCCAGCCUGUUCGAGGAGGCCCACAAGAUGGUGCGAGAAGCCAACAUGAAGCAGGCGGCAUCAGAAAAGCAGCUGAAGGAGGCACGGGGCAAGAUCGACAUGCUGCAGGCAGAGGUGACAGCCUUGAAGACACUAGUCAUCACGUCCACACCAGCCUCUCCCAACCGGGAGCUCCACCCACAGCUCCUGAGCCCCACCAAGGCCGGGCCCCGCAAGGGCCACUUGCGUCACAAGAGCACCAGCAGCACCCUCUGCCCCACCGUGUGCCCCACUGCGGGACACACCCUCCCUCCAGACAAAGAGGGCAAAGAGGUGGACACAGUCCUGUUUGCAGAGUUCCAGGCCUGGAGGGAAUCGCCCACCCUCGACAAGACCUGCCCCUUCCUGGAAAGGGUGUACCGGGAGGACGUGGGUCCCUGUCUGGACUUCACCAUGCAGGAGCUCUCGGUGCUGGUCCGGGCCGCCGUGGAGGACAACACGCUCACCAUCGAGCCCGUGGCUUCGCAGACACUGCCCGCCAUGAAGGUGGCCGCAGUCGAGUGUGGCAGCACCAAUGGGUUCCGGGCCCCGAUUGACACCCGGCCCCCAUGGCCCCCUCUGCUUUCUCCUAGCACCUGUGCCCUGAGUGGGCUGGCCCGCGCCUGUCGCCACCGAAUCCGGCUCGGGGACUCUGAGGGCCACUACUACAUCUCGCCGUCCUCCCGGGCCAGGAUCACGGCGGUGUGCAACUUCUUCACCUACAUCCGCUACAUCCAGCAGGGCCUGGUGCGGCAGGACGCGGAGCCGAUGUUCUGGGAGAUCAUGAGGCUGCGGAAGGAGAUGUCAUUGGCCAAGCUCGGCUUCUUCCCCCAGGAGGCCUAGGCCAUGGCCCCGAUCUGGAGGGGGCUCUGAGCCGGAUCCACCACCUGCCCAGGGCGGACGGACAGACAGACAGACAGCAAGACAGGGUCCUGGAGCCAGAACUGAGCCAGAAGCUGAACAGAGGGACAAAUGGCCAGGCCAUGGAGGCAGCACUGAGCCAGCACCAAAUGUCCAUCCCGGGACAGACAGGAUCUCAUGAGGUGACCCUCCUUUGCCCCAGUGGUACUACAGCCACCAGGAAACUUUUAAGAAAACACCAAAGACCAAGGAGCUUGGAGCGUCCUCAGGGGCUCGGCCCUUGGGAGGGGAAACUGGGACAGCCAGCACCCUGCCCCAGUGCCUGGAGCUGUUGCCUGCAGGUGCCUUGUUGCUGCCUAGUCCUCAGAAAGGGACCGUCCUGGGUUACUGGAUCUGCAGGGUAUCCACCACCUUAGUUCCUAAGUCCUCGGCCCCCAGCACCCCCUUGUGGCCGUCCUUCACCCUGUUGCCAGGUGGCCUUCCCAUGGGACUGCCCCAGUGGGCCUUGGGUCCCAGGUGCCCACAGGGCAAGCGGGCUAGUGGGGGCUGGCCGGGCCUCCAGGGCUGUCUUCCACUCCCCGCUGGAUCUGCUUGAGAACAGCGCCCCUCCUGCUGCCCUCCCUCUUGACCUCCUCUCCCCCCUCUGAGCCCUGUGCUCCAGGAGGCCCUGCCCCCCACUCCCCUCACCGCUGGAAGGAUUGGGACACUUUUCUCACAAAGCCAGACACAGACAGGGCCUCAGGAUGCCCAUGCCUGUUUUCAGGCCAUUCAGACAAUGGGGCUGAGGUCGCUAAGGUCACCGAGCCCUGAGUGCAGAACCGGGGUGGGGCGGGCAGGACCUGGGCCCCUCCUCACCCCUCACAGCCCCCCCCAGGACCGGGGUCCAACCUGGACACAUCCCUCACCACGUCCUGAUUUCCUCCUUUGAAUGGAAUGUAAUGCGAUCUCUAUUUAAUAAAGGAAGGCUUUGUUGGGAGAGGCU